AUGGUGGAGCUUCCUGGAUACAGCCUGUCUGGUGUGUUUGCCUCCUUCUUCUUUAUACUUCUCAGCAUGAAGCAAUCAGAUGACUUUAGAGUGACGGGUUCUGCCCAUCCUAUCCUGGCCAUGGUGGGAGAAGAUGCCCAGCUCACCUGUCAGCUCCUUCCCAAGAGGACCGCAAUGGACAUGGAGGUGAGGUGGUACCGCUCGGAGCCCAGCAUUCCUGUGUUUUUGCAUCAGGGUGGAGAUGAGGUAACAGAGAUACAGAUGGAGGAGUACAGAGGCCGGGUAGAGUGGAUAGAAGACGGCAUCACUGAGGGAAGCGUGGCUCUGAAGAUUCACAGCCUCCGGCCAUCCGAUCACGGGCAGUACUGGUGCCGUUUCAAAGACAACAACUACCUUGCAGAAACAAGCCUGCUGCUCCAAGUAGCCAGUCUGGGGUCUGACCCUUACAUCCACAUGGACGGGUCUGUGGAAAGUGGAUUCCAGCUUGUAUGCACUGCAAAGGGCUGGUUCCCGGAACCUCAGGUUUCCUGGCAAGACAUCAAGGGAGAAAAGUUGCUGACUUUCUCUGAUCAUAUCUCCCAAGAUGAAGAUGGCUUGUUCUAUGUAGAAAGCACUCUUGUGGUCAGGGGUGUCUCUACAGAGACUGUGUCCUGCUUCAUCCACCACCCCUCACUCCCCGAGGAGAAGGGCUCAGAUGUCUCCAUCCCAGAAAAACUCCAAACAGAGAUGGCUUCCUUAAAAGUGAUUGGACCUUCCCAGCCCAUCCUUGUCAGAGUGGGAGAAGACAUACAGUUAACCUGCUCCUUGGCUCCAAAGACUGAUGCACAGAGGAUGGAGGUGCGGUGGGUCCGAUCCCACCGUCAUCCUGCUGUUUAUGUCCAUAUGGAUGGGGCCCAUGUGACUGGAGAGCAGAUGGCAGAGUAUCAGGGGAGGACUGCAUUGCUGAGUGAUGCUAUGAGUGAGGGGAGGCUGACCCUGCAGAUAAAUGAUGCCAGGGUUUCAGAUGAUGGGAAGUACCGGUGCCUUUUUGAAAAAGACGGGGUCUACCAGGAGGCAGAUUUGGAUCUGAAGAUUGUAGGUCUGGGUUCUUCACCUCAGAUCUCCAUGGAGGGACCAAAGGAUGGAGAAGUAAUUCUAAAGUGCACUUCAGAAGGCUGGUUCCCACAGCCCCAUGUGCAAUGGAGGGACAUGGAAGGAAACACAAUACCAUCCUUUUCCCAGGACCUGACUCAAGGCAGUCAGGGGCUAUUCCAAGUGGAGGCAUUUCUACUGGUCACAGACAGCUCUGUUGUGAAUGUGACCUGCUCCAUCAGCAGCCCCUUUCUAGGAGAGGAGAAAAAGACAACCUUUUCUACUUCAGAGUCCGGGAUGAAUUAUUCACAGAACAGCCUGCUGAUUUGGGGAUUGCCUCUUCUUCUUGUUGGAGUUGUAGGCUUGAUCUGGAGGAAGAGCAGCAGAAAAGAGGCUGAAUUUAAACCUAAUGAGAAUGACCUGCUCUUCAAGAAGGACAGCGUUCCUCAACAACAUACCUGUAAGAAGCCUGAGCAGAGGCAGUGA